CAGUCAGAGAGCCCUUGUAUCGGGCCCCACAGUUGUGAGGCACGCGGCGGCGUGGAGGAAGAAAACAUCACGCCGUGCCUAAAACAACAACCAUGUGCCUUAUUAAGUGAGUGAUCGCGUUGCCUUGCUGUCAUCUUCUACCUCAUCCCUCCCUCACAAUCUACAGACCAGACUUCUGCCAUGGCCGAGCUGAACAAGAGCCUCACUGCAAUGGACUGGCUGCCGCGCCUCAACGCUCGGGGCACGCUGGCGGGAGGUUUGUGGCUAGACGGGAUUACUGACACUCCCGAGAUGGUGCAGGCUGAUUCCUCCACGCCCCCUUCCCCGCCCGUCAAUGGCAAGCCGCCCUACAGCUACGCCAACCUCAUCACGCUGGCCAUCAACAGCAGCAGCCGCAGGAAGAUGACCCUGGCGGAGAUCUAUCACUGGAUCAUGGACAACUUCUCCUACUACCGCCAGGCGCCUGUCGGGUGGAAGAACUCAGUGCGUCACAACCUGUCCCUCAACAAGUGUUUCAAGAAGGUGCCGCGGACCAAGGAUGACCCGGGCAAGGGUUCCUACUGGGCCAUCGACGCCACCCACACAGCGGACGAGGCGGCCAAUAAACGGAAGAAACAGCCAUGCCCGAGAUUCAACCCGUAUCUGGCCCACACGCUGACCAACACGGCAAGAACCACCACUCUCUCCAUGAGUGCCACCAACACGGGACUCAAUACCGUUAUUCCUGUCACCGCCACGCCACUGCAAGACCGUGACCUCAAGACUAGCAUCCAGAUGAUCAACCCCUGGAGCCACAGCGCCCGCGUGGACCACUGGGCGCAGACAACACACCUCUGGAACGCUUCGCAGGAGGGAGUGUUAUUGGACGGCGUGACGGGGACCAACGCGCCCGUCAGUCUCUCCAUGGGCAUGGGGGAGAGUGAGUGUGCGCCUCGGGACUCCUCGGUGGACGGUAUCACCAUGAAGGACUGCGACCUACUGCUGCUCAGUAACCUCACCCCGGAGCUGCUCAGGGAAUACGCCGCCCCACUCAUUCCGCAGAACGCUGGAGGCGCCAACCCGAACCAGAGCGUGCCCAGUGUGCUGCCUCUGUCCCGCCCCAUGCCCAUGCCUUCGUCCGCCCCCACGGCCAUCCCUGCCCCCAUGACCCCCACGAGGACUUCCCCAGACGUCACACUCCUGCCCCUCCAGACCUCCGGAGAGACCCUGGAGACACUGAUGGCGGAUCCCCUCAUGAUAUCCAAUAGUGUGCCUCCUGAUGACGUGCUUAGGUCUCCCCAGCAGGCCAGCACACCCGGGGAGCUUCCUCUGGAUGGCAGCUUCAGUCUGAGCGGCCAUAGUGACUGUGGGGACAGCUCAGCGUCUCUGUCUCUCUCUGCACACAGCCAGACAGUCAGCGCCGCCAGUCACGGUUCUGGUGGAACUGUGACCAUCAUGAGGAGGGAGCCAGCGGUAGCCAGUCCCCAGCCGCUAUCAGAGCCACUCAGCCGCCUCCUCGCUCCCUUGUCCCCGCCUAUUCACGCAGGCGGGGAGGCUGCACCCCCGCCAAACGAUGACUGCUUGGAGGGGAUGCUGGAACAUACGCUAGCGCAGAACAUGGAGGCAAUUCAGGUGGGACUCAUCACAGGCUCAGGUCCCCACUCUGAUGACGAGGAGAUCACUGACGAAUUCAACUGGGAUAAGAUACUGUAACCUCACCCUCGUUCCUCGCUACCCUGCCCCACUCUAUCCCGUCCUUCUCUAUCCGACCCCUCUCUUUCCCGCCCCUCUCUACCUGUCUCUUUCUACUCCGCCCCUCGCUACCCGACCCCUCGUUACCCAGCCCCUUGUAAUGCAAUAACCGUCCUCUUGAUCAAGUGUGCCUUGUAACAGACGAACAGUACCACGUACGUACCGUAGAUGCUACUUAGGUCAGCGUGAACCACUGCGUCAUAUAGAUGUAACUUUUGGUAAACUAAGAUGUACAUAGAAGGAAUCAAAUCAGACAGGGAGAUAUGGAGGGGAUUCUGGGAAUGUUUGAUGCUGCGCUGCUGAUAAAAGGCUGCUUGGCUGCGUGGCGGCGCGUCGGGAGUGUAAAGAUAGAGAGGAUUUGAGUUUAAGGGCAAGGGUUUAUGUUAAUAUAUUGUUUGUUUCUUUUAGGUAUUUGUUGGUGUUUAUUAGUGUUUUAUGUUUUGGUUGAGCUCUCUCUCUCUCUCUCUCUCUCUCUCUCUCUCUCUCUCUCUCUCU